AUGGUUUAUGAGCAUAGAAGUUUAAGUUUACCUUUACCUUUAACAGUAUUAAACAUAAAUAAUAACAAUAUAACUAUAAAUCAUAAUCAACAGCAAUUAAGAUUCGGUGAUCGUUUAUUACCGUUAAAAUCAAAACAACAAAAUUCAAUAUUAUCUAGUUCUAGUAUUUACAAUCAUACAACAUCUGAUACAAAUCAUAAUAAUAAUAAUAAUCAAUAUAUAAAAAAUCAAAAUUUUAAAAAUAAUUAUAUGCUAUCGGCAACAAAAGAUAAUAUAGAUACUAAAAAUUAUAUUAUUGAAUCUUUAAUAUACAAUGGUAGUGAUAAUGUUGAUAUACCGGUUAAUCAACGACAACAUUCUCAGAAGCAAGGUAUAUUGCAAUUACAUGAGCCGCGUCAGUUAAAUAAUAAUAAUAAUAAUAAUCAACAAGAACAUCACCAAUAUAAUAAUUAUUAUCAAAAUCAACAGAAACAAAAAGAUCUAUACACUGAUGAAUAUAUACAACAACAGGAGCAUUUAUUAAUUCAAGAAUUUAAUAGUGGAAUUGCUAAUUACAAUAAUAAUAAAAAUGAUAAUAACAAUAAUAAGGAAAAAUUUUCACAAUAUCAUAAAAUUGAUAAUGAAUUAAAUCAAUCGAAUGUUUCAAAAGCAGAUCGUUUAAUUGAAAUGUCAACAGAAUUUUUUAUUAUACCAACAUCGAAUCCAUCAUCUUUAUCUGGAUCAUCAUCAUCUGGUACAUUAGAUCGUAAUCAUAGAUCAAAAUUACAUUCACCAUCUAGGACAGGACAACCAAUAACUGCACGACCAGUAUUAAUUUUAGCAUCUAGAACACCACCACCAAAUAAUUCAUUUUCUGGUGGUAAUUUAGCAACACCACCUACAAUAUAUAGUACAGUUAAUUUAACUGGUUUACGUAAAGAAGCAUGGGUAAUACCAGUUUUAGUUAUGGCAUCAUUAUCAAUGACUAUGAUGGCUGCAUUCGAAAUUUUUGUAUUAUUUAAAGCAUGGAGAACUUCACCAUCAAGAAGACAUUUGUUUUUAGGACAAAUGCUCUUAUUAGGAUUAUUUGCGUGCUCCGGUUUAGGUGCUAUAUUAACAGCAACACCAUCAGUUAUUUCUUGUGCAACAAUUAGAUUUGGUGUUGGUGUUGCAUAUGCAUUAGUAUUUGCAGCAUUAUUAGUUAAAUGUGUAUUUCUAAUUAGUUUAAAUGGUGGUGUUUAUUUACCAGCACCAUAUCAAGGAUUAUUAUUAUUAUUUGCUGUUCUAAUACAAGUUGCAAUUGGUGCACAAUGGUUAGUAACACAACCACCAGAAAUUCACAGUUUAAAUGUACCAUAUGGUGCUCAAUUAGGUGGAACAAAUAAAUUUUCAAUGUUAAUAGGUGCAACAGAUAUACAACAUCGUUUACAUGGUACAUUAGUACCACUAUGUAAAACACAAUUUUCCGAAUUAUUAUUAUCAUUAAUUUAUAUAUUUUUUUUAAUUGUAUUUGUUGCCGUACUUGCAAUUAAAUCACGUGGUAUACGUGAUAAUUAUCGUGAAGCAACAUAUAUUGGUUUAGCAAUCGGUGGCUCAAUACCAAUAUGGUUAGGUUGGACAUUAUGCGGUUUAGCUGUAGCUGAUCGUCAUAAAGAUGCAUGUACUGCAUUCGGUUUAAUAGCAACAUCAGCUACAGUAUUUUUAGUUAUGUUUAUGCCAAAAGGAAGACAAUUAGCAGCAAUGGGAAAAGAAGGAUUAUAUGUUGAAGAUCGUGAAGAACAAUUUAGUUCAUUAUCAAGAGCAGGUUCGGGAUAUUCACCAUCAUUUUUUCAUUUUAAACCAAUCAAAUAUGGUGUUAUGGGUCCAAUGCCAAAUUCAACAACGAAUACUGGCAAUGGACAUAAUAGCAAUAACAGUAAUAAUAUUAAUACAAAUAUAAAUAACAAUAACAGUAGUAGCUCAAAGCAUUUACCAGGUGCUACACUAGCUGGUGGAGAUCGUGUGGCACUUGUUGCAGCAGCACCACCAAGUUAUACCCGUAUGUAUCAUUAUUUCCCAGCACAUGUGACACAUCCAUUUUGUUUUUAUCCACAACCUCCACCACCACCCCCACCGUUAUCGCCAUUACCGCCGCCAUUAAAAGCUAUCGGAAGCUCAUUAGCCUCAACACCAGCACAAAUAGCACAAACACUGAGGUAUCCAGGUUUAUUCAUACGUCCCGAUGAAGCUAACCUAUAUACCACAUUGGAGCCGACAUUAAGUAGUAAUCCGAAUGUAUUCUUUCAACGUAGUGGUGCCGUACAUCCAGGAAUGAUGUACUAAUUAUUUUAGUUUAAAAUUAACUGUGUAUAAUUAUAAAAAAAAAAAAAUUUAAAUUGUGCUGAGACGAAACGAAGAAGUUUUCAAGAAUUAUGUUAGAAACGAAAAAAAUUUCAAAAUAUUCAAAUGAUUGAUGAACC